UAUACAUCUGGAAGGAGGGGGGAUUCCAGAUAGCUAGCCUGAUUUGCUGGAAAUUAAGCAAGAAUUGAGCCAUGUAGCCUUGCUCCCAUCAGUAUUGUCCCUUCAGAACUUCGUAGAGGAUGGUCAGUCAAUGGACACCUGAAUGCAGCCCAUCUCAAGCCACAAAGGACAUUAUCAACCACUGGGAGCUAAAUCCAUCUCGUUCCAACACAGACAACUUUUAAGCUUCUGCGGUUCCUUCUGUGGGAACUGCCCUGCGGUCAUGGAUGGGCGCAUCCUGUGGGGCUUCUGGAUCUCGGCAGCCGCAGUGUACUGCGUGGGCGGCACCCGCGCACUGGAGCUCGGCAACUCUCCGCCGCGCCUGUCGGAGAUCACAGCGCAGAGCCUGGUCGCCUUGUCGUGGACGAGCGCGGCUCCCAUCGCAGCCGAGGUGGAGGAAAGGUUAGGGAGUCCCAACGCUUCUCACCCGGGAUCGCCUGGCGUGGCUGGCCGAACGCCUUCCCCCGUUUACCCGAUGUGCCACACGCAGACGGAGAUCAAGAAUACUUUCAAAUACGUUAACACGGUGAUCGCUUGCCUGGUCUUCGUGCUGGGCAUCAUCGGCAACUCCACCUUGCUCCGAAUCAUCUACAAGAACAAAUGCAUGAGGAACGGCCCUAACCUUCUCAUCGCCAGCCUGGCCCUGGGGGAUCUGCUGCUCAUCCUGAUCGACAUUCCCAUCAACUUGUACAAGCUUCACGCAGAAAAAUGGCCUUUUGGAGUUGAAUUGUGUAAAUUAUUCCCCUUCUUUCAAAAGACAUCUGUUGGCAUCAUAGUGUUAAGUUUAUGUGCUCUCAGUAUUGAUAGGUAUCGAGCUGUUGCUUCAUGGAGCCGUAUAAAAGGAAUUGGUGUAUCAAAAUGGACAGCAAUUGAAAUUAUUUUGAUCUGGGUUGUGUCCCUUGUUUUAGCUAUUCCUGAAGCUAUAGGCUUUGAUAUUGUUACUAUUCCAUACAAAGGGCAGAUUUUGUCUACUUGUUUACUUCAUCCCUACCAAGAAUCAUCUUUUAUGAAGUUUUACCAGGCAGCUAAAGACUGGUGGAUUUUUAGCUUUUAUUUCUGUUUGCCACUGUUAAUCACUGCUCUUUUCUAUACUCUGAUGACCUGCGAGAUGUUAAGAAAGAAGAAUGGAAUGCAGAUUGCAUUAAAUGACCAUCUGAAACAGAGACGUGAAGUAGCCAAAACAGUGUUCUGCUUAGUGAUUGUUUUCGCCUUGUGCUGGCUGCCUCUUCAUCUCAGUAGCAUAUUGAAGUUUGCUCUCUAUGAUCCCCGCAGCCCAAACAGGUGUGAUCUUUUGAGUUUUUUGCUGGUGAUGAACUACGUUGGAAUCAAUAUGGCAUCUUUGAAUUCCUGCAUCAACCCAAUUGCUCUUUAUUUGGUGAGCAAAAGAUUCAAAAACUGCUUUAAGUCAUGCCUUUGUUGCUGGUGUCAUUCCAAAGACAUGCUAUCUCUGGAGGAGAAACAGUCCUGCUUAAAGUUCAGAGCAAAUGACCACGGAUAUGACAAUUUCCGCUCCAGUAACAAGUACAGCUCAUCUUAAGCAAGAAAGCUUGGACUCAAGCUAUUGUGGGAUAUUGCCAGGCUGUAAAGACAAGGACAGUUAAGCUGAAGACAACAGAUUCUGCUUAGCAGAGGAAAUUGAGCUAUCUGGGAAGGAAGUUUGUGAUUUCACUAAAAUCUAAAUAUUUACUGAGCAUACUAAUCUUAACCAUGCCCAGUCUUCCUAAUCAUUUGAGUCAGUAUUGCGGGAUGGGGGUGAGGGAGGAACUACAGUUGUUUAAGCACUUAAAUACUUCAAAAUGGUCAUUCUCAAAUCUUGUACAUGAAAUAAUUGUAUUUUCCAAGGAGCCCAAUAAUUCUUAAUAUAGAAUUAUACUAUAAUUAUGUUUUGGGCAAUACCAUUCAUCUCUAUUAUUUUUAAAAAAGCAUUACUUGCUGUAAAAUUCACAGGUAAGUAUAUAAGUGUAAAAUAUUAUUCUACCUGAAAUUUGCAGUUUGUAGCACUGUGCAUCCAGGAUAUGGAUCAUGCUGGUAUAAAACAGAAUCAUUAAGAAUUUUUCCCAUAGUAAUGAAGGAACUUACAGAGUCACAAUCAGUCUCAAAGCAAUUAGCUUUUAAAUUUUGUUAUUUUUUUUUAAAUACAAACUUUUCAUCUGGAGUGAUAAAUGAACUUUUUAAAGGCUGGAAAAGUGGCCUUUAAUAUCUGGGUCAUCUCCCUCUCUGCUUAAGGUUUUAGGGAUAAUCUUGCAUUGCUCGUGAGCCCCAAUGGUCUACAUGACUUUUCUGGAAAUCAUCAGAGACCCACAUCUAGCUUCUAGGCCCUAUUUGUCGUGAGCAAUACUCUUUGGCAUGGUGUGUCAGAAGCUAUGGAGGAUGAAGCGAUGAAAGGACAGGCAGCAUUAGUAUGGCAUGGAUGUAACAUGAUACCAGUUUUAGAAUUAAUAUAGUGUAAAUACCUGGCUUUUAUUAUUAUUUUUUCUGGGGAAAAGUUUCUAGAUUUUAUAGUAAAUCUGUGCAUAAAGUUCCAGGAACAGGAAAGGCAAUAGAGUGAGUUUUCAGUCCUCUGCUGACUUACCUUACCCGGUGCUGGUCAAACUGAUCUAACUAUGCAACAACCAGUGACAUAAAAUUAAAACAAUUGUGCAAAUCUGCUUAAUUUAUGCAAAGUACAGAAUUUUUCUCUCAUCACAUUUAAACAGCAGGCACAUAGAAUUUCCUUCUCCCUUUUUUAUCAGGUAGCGUUACCUAGAUUUCAAACCUUUGUUACCCUGACAUAGAGAAGUACAUAGCUCUUUUUGUAGAUUCUUAAGAAUGCAUUCCUGUUGCUAUGGCAGACAAGUACAUCUGUCACAGGAAUUAGUUACCAUCAGUCUUAAUCUGAGUUAUAUGUAGAAACAUGGACAGACCUGCAUUCAGAAGGAAAGCAGGGAUACCCUCUAUUAUUUCUUCCUCUUCUUUCUCUAAAUCUAUCUUGAAAAGGCAAUAAGAAAUCCCUUUUUUGGGGGGGGGUCCUCCUGAUCUGGCUAUAGAUCUGGCAGUAUCCCUCCUUAUGGGACUUUUAAUUCCAUUUGAGUAAAUAUUCCUUUAAGCCAUAAUGAAAGCUAUAAUAAUAAACAGUAAAAUCUGGGCUGGCCCCAAUAUUGAUACCACUCAUUAGUCAGAGAAAAAUAAAUACAGUGGUAUUCUGCUCCACAAAUAGUGGACUUUUUGUGUUAAUAUGGCUAGUUAACAUAGACAUAAACUUAGUAUUAAAUAAUAAUGUUUUAAGUUAUCAGGGAGGUUGUAGAGUAACCACACCACCUGUUGUCCUACAGUCCAGAAAAUCUACAAGAGACCAGAUUACGGAAGGCUUCCCUAAAAGGUCUUCACAUUAUGGCAGGAUCCACUAUCGUUAAUGAACCUGGUAGAGUGAGGUAUCACCCUGAGGAUUAUAUUUGGAGUCUCUUUCAGGAUAGUCAUUUAUCUCUUUCAUGAAGAAAUAAAAAGAUUAUGACUUUCUGUUCAGACACAAAUGUCUUGGACCAGUCUCUUGCUUUGCAUGGAAAGUGAAAAUGGGACAAUUAAUUUUUGUUUUUUAAAUGCAUUUGCCCAUAUCUGUUUUUGAGAUUAGAUACUUGCAUUGUAGGAUCUAGUUCUAAAUAAACAAAUAUAAAUUUGCAUUAUGAGGGAAAGUUCACCUGGAGCUUCUCCAUAUAUCAGGAGAUACUCCUAAAGCUUAUCUUUUCUGUCAAGGGGUUAUAUUAUUAUAGCAUCAUUCACUUCACUUGGACCCUAUUACAAAGUGAUAAAAUGUGACAUGUUUAUUGUCUUCUGUUUACAGACAACUGUUAUUUUCAAAGAUUCUGUUUUGCAUCUUAAUUCAUGGGUGCACAACCUUAGGCCCUCUAGAUGUUUUAGUCUAUUAAGUCCUUAAUAUAAGUCUUAACAAUCAAAUAUCUAAUAAUUAUUUAUAUACUAAGAGUUUUUAGUUUUGAUCAAAAAUGUUACAUGAAAUGGUAAAGCUAAAAAUGAGCAAAGUUCCUAGAUGUCUUUUAGGCAACAUGAAGUCAUGUUCUCAAACUUUGAGAUGAAAGUAUUUAUAUAGGCGAUAAAGUUGGUGUUGAUCCUGUGCUUAACACUGACAAUUGCUCAAUACUAUUAAUUUCCAUUAAUCUGUUCAAUAUUACUGCUAUUGGUUAUAGCAUUACAGUACUGUAUAUAUAUCAUUGUAAUUCUUUUUAAAAUAUAGAUUUUAUUAUUAAGCUGUAUGUUUACAUUGUAUUGCUGUAUUUUUUUUUAAAACGCAUUGUGUUAUGGUUCAAAUCUGUUAAAAAAUUCUUGUGUAGAAAACAGUUUUUGUAAUUUGUAACUUGUGAUUAUCCAGUACAGAGUUUUUACACAUUUCCUUUUAUGUAAGAAUUUGGCUAAAUGUGAAAUAGAAUUUAGUUAAAUUUAUAUAGCAGAACCAGAGGAUUUGUGCUCCCUAAUUUUUAGCCAUUUGUUCAUACUAAAUAUAUAUGAAUAUAUGUUUCAUUUUUCCAAUAUUUUAGUAGCAUAAUGUAUCUUUACUUUUUCUAUCAUUAAUACUUUGUAGUAAUAUGAACUGAGAUUCAGAAAACAAUAGAAUGUGUGAGUAGAAAUUGGAAUUUAUAGAUUUCUUUUUUUAUCCUGCCUUUUUUAAUAAAUAAACUAGAUGAUCUAUACUUUUUUAAAAAAGAACUCUUUUAUACAGAUUUUUCCCUUUCCCCACAACUGCAUCCCUAGUUGUGCAAUGUCCAACUAAUGUAGAUGGGGAAGGGAUUCAAUCUGUGUGGAAAGAGAUUAAAAUGUUCACUUCCACAUCUACAUUUUAGCUUCUAUAAUAAUUUCAUUAUUCAGUAUAACAAAUUCAGUGUAACAGUCAAUAAUAUCUUCAAUUAAAUCAGAUGAGAGGAAUCAUAUAAAGCCAGAAAUAUUUUUUUUAAAUUGAAGAGAUGAAUCUCACAGCUGUUCUUUUUUAUAAUAUUCCCUGUGACAUUGUUUGAAUCUUUUGAAAUCUCAUAGGCAAACUUAAUCUUGAUGAACUUCUUUAGAAAAAUUACCAGUGUGCAUCAAUGCAGGGAAAAUAUCCAUAAAGAAUUUAACGGAUACAGCUGCAUGAUCAGGUGGCUGAUACAAACAUUGGUUUAACAUGUUAAACAGAUGUUAAAUCCUUUCACAGGCCAUGACAUAACUCCAUCUCAAAUAUUUUGUGCAAUUAAUGACAAAUAGGGAGAAGAAUCACUGCUGGUUCCAAGUGUAAUAAUUUAGCAAGCAAUAGGGAUAUCACAUCUGGAUUUCAACUACCCAGACUACCAUUCUAUAACAGCGAAGUUUUUUAAUCUCUUUGUUUGCUUAUUAUUAAAAAAAACAGCUCAAAUACAUAAUGUGUAGCAUGCAAAUAAUAUUGUUACACAGUUAUUGCAGUGCUGAGGGAUUACAUGUGGUUUUACCUUAUAUAACUUGAAAUAUAACUGAAUUGGAGCAACUAAAUUGGAGAAAAAGCUGAUGUAGGGCUGCUGCUGGGUAUAGUAACCAAGGAUUCAAGAUUUUCAAGGAACUGGGAUUGUAUAGUUUUCAUACAGCUUCUCUCUGGAGUUUAACCCUGAAUUAAUAGGCAGAAAGCAAACAUGAGAUAGUUCAAUCAUUCACAAACUUCUUGGGCAAGACAAUCUUCUGGCUUUCCUAUCCUCACUGCGGUAGGGGAGGUAUGUUUGCUGAUACUGUCUGCUCCAAGAUAAUGGUUGUUUCUUGCAGCAGCUUCAAACAUUUUGCACAUGAAUAUGCAAUUGAGAAGAGAAAGGCUUCUAUCAGGAAUGUUUAUUCAGGAAUCUGUUCCUGCUAUCUGGUCUUGGAAUCUGGCCUAAGCAUCAGUCACUAUCUUCCUAGACAAAGGAUGAGACAGAUAUCUUCAUUCCCCAGCAGAGAGUGCUUUAAAAGCACUUUAAAAGCAAACAGGAAGCACAGGCAUCAAACAAAUUUCUACUCUCUUAUGAUUUCCUUUCUCUAAAUGAGCAGAAUUUCUCGAGAUGUCCCUUCCCUCGCUUUACUGGAAAAGCAGGAUCAAAACUAUAGAAUGCGAGAAAAGGAUUUUUAUCAAUCAGAAUAGAGCUGGAAGGGACCUUGGAGAUCUUCUAGUCCAACCCCCUGCGUUUUCAUCUUAUAUUGACCUAUAUGCAUUCUAGGAGGUUUUCAUUCUUGGUUUUGUGCAUUUCUAUAGAGAUGUAGCCAUUUUUUAUAUAUAACGCAACUCCAGCUCCUCUUUUGUUAGGUCUGUUCCUUUUGAAUAGUUUGUAUCCUUCCAUUAGUACAUUCCAAUCAUGAGUUUCAUCCUGCCAAGUUUCAUCCCGCCAACUUUCAUUAAUGGCAACUAUAUCAAACUCCCAAUCUAUCAUCUUUCAAAAAAAAAAAAAAAAAAGACUGACAAUGCCGGAAAGUAAAA